CUUGGAGCCCUUUGGCCCCCCCUGAGCCAGCGCUGCUGCUUUUCCUAACCAGGCUUCUUUUUGCUUCUUUCCUGCCACCCCACUUCCCAAGUCCCAGCGUGGAUCAGCUUCCCAGGGCACUUGUCCUGGGGUCCCCUCCUGGUGACAGCUGUCCUGUGGGGCUGUGUGGGACCAGCACGGGCCUGUCACGUGGCAGGCUUGGGGGGAGGAGCUUGGCAGGGGAGUGGGGCAGUUGGGGGCGGCAGAUCACAGGCAGCUCCUCAUCCAACCAGCUUCGCCUCCCACAGGGAAGGGCCGGCUCAGCCAAUCGGCUCCACCAAGCUCGCAACUGCCAAGGGGAAGCCGGGAAGCCAGCCUGGCUCCUGGCUUUGGGGCUGGGAAUUGUGGGAGGAGGGCUGGGCCCCACUGGAGGCACCCUUUUGUGUAAGGACCGUCAGGAACCAGUCCUCUGUCUGGCUACAGGGACACGGGGUUGUGGCAUUUCUCCAGCUGCUCCCCAGGGGGAGGGAAGACCUUCCUGGAGCCAACAGGCCUAGCCUCUGACCCUGAAGACACCCAGCCCAGGCCUGCCUGAGGGCCAACAAGUCAGGGGGCAGCAAAUUUUUAACCAGACACAUUGAUCAUUAACUGGGAUAGGAAGGAGUCCAAACUCAGCAUCCCUCGGGGGCAGAGACCAGCUGGGCUUUGAGCCUCCUGUGGAGAUGCUGGGCCCCCGAGUCUGGUCUUCUGUGAGGCAGGAGCUGAGCAGGGCUUUGUCCAGCACCGUGGGGGGCUGGGCCUCAGGGGAGGGGAGGAAGGUGGACAUCUCAGGCAUCUACCCCCCUGUGACCACCCCCUUCACUGCCUCGGCCGAGGUGGACUAUGGGAAACUGGAGGAAAAUCUGCACAAACUGAGCACCUUUCCCUUCCGAGCAUUGUCUGUAAUAGCAAAAUUAGGAUGUAUUCUAAAUGUCAUCAAAGGGAGAAUGAAAAGUAAAUUGUGGUCUAACUUCACAAGAGAAUAUUAUACAGCAAUGAAAAUGAAUGAAUCAGAGCUCCCUGUACUGCUGUGGCCAAGGUGCAAAACACAAUGCACGUGGGAACGUGUCGCCUCUCUUGCAGGCUUCGUGGUCCAGGGCUCCAACGGCGAGUUCCCCUUCCUGACCAGCAGUGAGCGCCUGGAGGUGGUGAGCCGUGCGCGCCAGGCCCUGCCCAGGGACAAGCUCCUGCUAGCCGGCUCGGGCUGCGAGUCCACUCAGGCCACGGUGGAGAUGACGGUGAGCAUGGCCCAGGUGGGGGCUGACGCCGCCAUGGUGGUGACCCCUUGCUACUAUCACGGCCGCAUGAACAGUGCCGCCCUCAUUCACCACUACACCAAGGUUGCUGACCUGUCGCCAAUUCCAGUGGUGCUCUACAGUGUCCCAGCCAACACAGGGCUGGACCUGCCUGUGGAUGCGGUGGUCACACUUUCCAAGCACCCGAAUAUCGUGGGCAUCAAGGACAGCGGUGGCGAUGUGACCAGGAUCGGGCUGAUUGUUCACAAGACCAGGAGCCAGGAUUUCCAGGUGUUGGCUGGAUCGGCUGGCUUCCUGCUGGCCAGCUAUGCCGUGGGAGCUGUGGGGGGCGUGUGUGCCCUGGCCAAUGUCCUGGGGGCUCAGGUGUGCCAGCUGGAGAGACUCUGCCUCACAGGGCAAUGGGAAGAUGCCCAGAAGCUGCAGCACCGCCUCAUUGAGCCAAACACUGCGAUGCUGAAAGCUCAGAAAUGGUCUGAUGUGAAGACAGCCUGGCCUGAACGGAGCAGAAGCCCUGUGCUCUCACUCAAACAUGGAGAGACAUUCAUUUCUACCCCCAUAAUGAAGGCCAGCUUUGUGGAAGCUCUUUGGUGAUGUUUGGAGUCACUCCCAUAGGUACGGCAGGGAUUUUCUCACUUUUCUAGUUACUCAGGAGCUCCAUGUUCUGGGUCCCUCACAUUGUAGAAGAUAUCCCAAGACCAGGAUCAUUUUCUUGUCUUAAUGCCCCUCAGUACCUCUGGGGGGCUAUUUUCUCAGUGGCUGGCACCUGGUGUGCCAUCUCUGUCCCAUCAAUGUUCCACAAGGUCAGCAUCUAAUUUCAGGCUCACAAGCCUCUUAUCAUCAGCCCAGCAUCAGAGUAUGCCUGGGGUAGAGGUCAACAUGACUCCAUUGCAAAUACAACAUUAAUGAGAGGAAGAGAAGCCGUUUUCCAUCGAAAGUACAGAGGAAAACGCUUUCCAGUCCAGAUAGGCAUGUUGAUAACUAGAGGUCACCGUCAGCUCUUCUGAGAACUAAUUACAUCAGAGAACUAAAAGUCAGCUUAUGGCACAAAUCUGAGCUAUUUCAUUCCUUCAAAACAAGUCAGAAUAUGAAUGGUUACAUCUUCUACUAAAUCUUAAAACUAAACAACCGUUCUGACACAUAAACGCAAAAUCAUUAUUUCUACAGGAAGAUGAUGAAAUAAGGACAUUUCCUUUCAAUGUUCAGCAGCAGCUGACUAACUUGUCUUCACUCGAAGUUUUGGAAGGAGUUAUUUCAGUGCAAUUUGAGGAGCCAGACUGACUACACAGGGGCUCAGCCUCUUGUGUGUUUACUUUUUCUCAAGGCUAUGUGAAACUUCCAAACAGUGGCAUCCCACCAGUAGAAGGAACUUGAAAGAAAGGGAACGGUUCUUAUCCAGUUUGAAGAUUAUCUAGGGACCGAGUACUACCCAGCCCCUCCAACUGUAAACCUAGCCACUCUUUUGGUAUGCUGUUAGCUCUUGGGCAAUAUAUUCUAAAUAUUUCAAAGAAGCCAAUGAAGCUUGAAAGAUUAGCUUCUCAUUACCAAAUAGAGUGGACUGUAUUUUCCGAAGUUAUUCGUGAUCAUAUCUCCUGUCUUAUACAUUCUUCUACAAUUUGACCUUGCCACUGCCCCAUCAAAAAGUAGUGUCUAACUCCUCAUUUAUGAACCUGGCUAGGCUUGUGAUUGCUUCAACCAAUAGAACGUGAUGGAAACGAUGGUGUGUUCUGAGGUUAGAUCAUACAAGGUAAUGCAAUUUCCAUCUUGCUAACUGGUAAACUUGAGCUUGGAGACCUGAGCCACCACAUAAGUAGUCUGAUUAUCCUGAGGCUACCAUGCUCAGCGGAGGCCGAGCCACAUAAAAAGUCACAUGUGCUGGUGCUUCCAGUUGGCAGUCCUCAUCUCUGAAUCAUCCUAGCCCAGGCACCAGGAGUGAGUGAAGGAGGCUGCAGGAUGAUUCCAGUCCCCAGCCACUGAGCCCACAUCCCAGCUGAUGCAUCAUGGAGCAGAGAGAGAUUAUCUCCCAAUUCCUGACUCACAGAAUCUGUGAGCAUCCUAUGAUUGUUUUAAGCAGCUAAGUUUGAGGUAAUUGGUUAUACAGCAAUUGUAAUGGGAACAUCAUCCCUCAACCUUUCCCUGCCACCAUCCUCUCCCAUUUGUUCUCAAAAGCACAUACUACAAAUUCCCAUUCCUUUUUGUUCUAGGGAGGUAUAGCAAACUUCAAUAGCUGCUUGUCAAAAUGAUGUCCAUUCCCAGGAACACAAUUAGAAAUGCUAAUUAAAGGAAACACAUGUACACUCCAUGUGUCUCAAGCCAUGGUUGAACACACUUGACUUGAAACUUCUACAUGUGUCCAAAUAAUUGACAUUGUCACUGCCUGAGGCAGAAUCAGGUUUUUCAUUUAUGACUUCUGUCCUUAGCCAUGCUAAUUAAUAGCUGUAUAGCCACUGACCCCAAAAAGAACUCUAUCAGUAACCAUGGUCCUUGAGACAAAUCUCGUUUAAUAAAGUAUAGCCAGUGCUGAUGCAGACUAAAAAAACCAAUACUUUAAAGGAAUGCAAAUCAGUAUUUGUAUCAGCUAUUCAAAAAAUCUUUUUAAAGAGAACAGAUGGCCUAGGUGUUUAGGCUUCAGAUUUACAUGUGGAAUCUAGUUACAAAGCCAGGAUGUUUCAUGCUUCUUAACAGAUGCCCACCCUUUCUCCCUCUUGAUAGAUGGGUUGUAAAGGAUCAGUCCAAACAUUUAUCUAAAAGAAAAUGACUAUUUUGUGCCUAUAAACCAACACACUAUUAGUCUGCACAAUAGAUUAUAUCCUUGCUAUCUUUAUUUUCUCCCGCCCCAGACAUUUCCAAACAGAACUCGAAGACAGGAAUGAGAACUUUUGUUUCCAUUCCAUUUGUCUUUUUUUUUUUAAUUUCAGAAAUCAAAAUGGUUAAAAAAUAUUUAUGCAUCCACAGUAACCUGUGUCCAAAUCCAGAGGAUUAAAAAAAAACGAACAUAAAAGAGAAUAGAUUUUCAGUUUAAGAAUAUUUUUUGGAGGCAUCCACCUUAUCUAUCUACAUAUAGCUUCAUAUUGUCCCCCUAAAGCCACCCUCCCCAGGGUAUGACAGUCUUGUCAAAGUUCUUUCAGUUAUAAAGAAAGCAGCUCUUAGGCAUUUAGAAUCCUAAAGAGAAGAAAAUGAAGGCUUUGAUGAACAAAAACCAGGCUUGUAAUGGAUCUAGAACAAAAAGUCAAAUGUUCUUUUCAAAGUAUUUUAAGUGAGCUUAAAAUAACUGUCUUUUGGGCUUCCCUGGUGGCGCAGUGGUUGAGAGUCCGCCUGCCGAUGCAGGGGAUGCGGGUUUGUGCCCCGGUCUGGGAAGAUCCCACAUGCCGCGGAGCGGCUGGGCCCGUGAGCCAUGGCCGCUGAGCCUGCGCGUCCGGAGCCUGUGCUCCUCAACGGGAGAGGCCACAACGGUGAGAGGCCC